GUGUGUGUGCGCACUGUACUUACGCAACAGUCGGCAGCGGGUUCUCGUGGCAAGGAUGAAAGAAAAGCAAGCAUUUUUGUAUUCCAUUUUUGUUAAUCCCUCUGAUUUCUGAAGGGAUUACCGGACCAAUCAUGAUAGAGGGACCGCUGACUCGUCCGACAUAGCUCGGAUUGGGAGCUACGACUCUGAGUGGAAGUGCAGCCUUCUGGAAUCUGGAUAGAUCUAGAGAAGCAAAUUAAUCUCUGACUUUCUUUGCUUGAUCAGCCAAUGGAGGACGGGAAAACGGAUGACAGUAUUCAUCCUAAGUCCAGUUGCCCUGUGCCCACUGGGCUACCUAUUAACUGGGGGCUGAUUACCGGCCCUGUUCCUGAGCCCGUUUUCCCAUCGCCUGCCUUGAACACUUCACUCACUCCCCCUCAGAGUUCAGCCAUGCACUCUCUACAGACCAAGGUGAAAUCGCUGACACAGAGAAGGACACGAGGACGAGAGCGAGAACGAGAACGAGAAAAGGACAGAGAGAGGUUGGACACGGAAGUUCAAAUAAACCGUCCGGCUGGGCAGAUGUCAUCUGAAAUCUUUCUCAGGCAGCGACCCCGAGGGAGGGGGCAGCCAUCUGUGCCUGCAACCUCCUGGCGAUCGGGAACAUCAAGAGACCUGAGCAGCAGUGACGAGGAAGAGGAGGUGGAGGUGCAGGUUAGGCUGGAGAUCCACAGUCCUCCAGUCGACGUAAAGACAGAACAAGGAGAGGAGGGAUGUGAAGAGGAGAAGACAGAUACAAAUGUGGACCAGGUCAGUGCCCAAAUAAAGGAGCCCUGUGGGCUUGGUGAGGGCACCAGUCUGGAGAGUCUUCUGUCGGAUAAUUCAAGCAGCAGCAAAGAUGAUCCCGCUCCCCCUCCGCCACUGUCUGCCAUGUCCUCUUCUACUUCUGCCACUUCUGCCUCCUCCUCGCCCCUGUCUUCAGUAAAACACUGGGCACCUCCAAAGGGAUUCUGGCGAGUCGCACGCCCAGAAACAUUACUGCUCAAUGGCGUUGGCCCUCACAACAUACCCCCGACUUUACCACUGAAAGACUAUACUCAGAUAGAGGUGCAGACUGAACCUCUCACAAGGUCUGAACCAGUUGAACCAGACAAUAUAAAUGAGGUGGUAAAUGAUAUGUCAUCAGAUUUGAAAUACUUGGAUGAUGUGGAGUGCUACCUGGACAGCUGUGAGCAAGGCGAGGCAGAUGUGGUGGAUUCAGCCAAAGGAAUGUGCAGUUCAGACAGCUGGGAGAGUGUGUCUUCACAAAAUGGAGUGCUCUGUGCUGAUUUAAAGCUCAGAGUGAAGGAGAGGGCUUAUGCAAAGUUACGAGAAAGACAACAGAACUCCAGAGAUGAACAAGAUCAGCAUGAGGAAGAAAGUGUCGACUACUGUGGAGAUAUAACAUACAGAGUGGAUUAUAAAGUUUCAGGUACCCAUGGUGUUUUGGACAGUAAAGACACGGCCCUUCUCGCUCAGGAACUUGAACCCUAUUUGAGGUCACUUCUCAUAAUCAGUGAUGAGCUACCUUUAAGCCCGAGACACGAGCAGGCCAAGCUUCUUCUUGAACGAGCUAGACUCAAGGCUCGCUCCAAUCACUUUAAAGAUGAUCGGCCCAGACGCUCCCACUCUGACCAGAGACCCACAGUGAGAAAGCAGCAAACAGACUCAUCUGGUCCGACAACAAAGCAGAACCCUGUUCAAACCAAAGAAGAUCUUACAGUUCAAGCUGCAUCUGGACCCUUUCUUGUCCCUACACAAAGAGACGUUUCCCCCAGUGACCAAGCCGGUCGAUCCAGGCGAUACGGUUGUUCGCCCACACGUGUACGCUUUGAGGAUGAAUCAGAGAAGGAAGCAGAGUCUCGUUAUUUGGAUAGAGUUAGACAACGUGGAAGGCCCAAGUCCAAGAAUAGAGAUAAUAAUACAGACUCCAGCAGCAGUGGAUCAGACAGGAACAGAGGCCAAAGAAGCAUCUCUAUGCCUCCCCCCCAGAAGCAAGAGGAUGGUAACACAAUAACAAGUGAUGACACCAUAAAGGUUGUUCAAGAAAUCAUAGUGCUGGUGAAAAAGUGUGAAGCCUGUGGGUCUGUGGUCAGAGAAACUCAGCCCGUCCCAUCGUCAUCAGCUCCACAGAGCAGCGACCCACAGCAGUCAGGAAACCUUGAGGACUCUCGAGGUAAAACAGCUCCUCGCAGUGCACCUGCACACAAACCUGAUGCAAGUACCCGGCCUAAAGCCCCGCUCACUGUUACUUUUGCCGGAGCGUAUGUGCUUGGUGAAAAUAAAGAAAGCAGCACGGGAUGGAAGUCAUCGGGCUUUGGGAAACUCAGGAGAAGAAGCAGGAAGGGGGAGAGUCGGUUGGAGUCGGGCCAUGGCCCCUACGGUCCAUCAUGGGCUCAGCGGCGUAACUCCAAUCCACGGAACAGGGUCAACUUGACCAGAGCUGUUUCAUUUGCUCCCGAUAGCCCUGUGUCUCUAGAGCCACAUUUACCUCAGGCAUCCAGUGGACUCAGAGAAUCACCCACCCCAUCCCUGCCCAUAAAGUCAGCGCUGAAGUCUAGCUCCAGAAACCGAUCUGCUGCCGGUCAGUCCACGGUUCAGUUUCAAAUGUCCUCAAAUCAGGGAGGAGAGGGUGGAUCCCAGUCUCUAAUAGACUCCUCCGAGACAAGAAAGGAGUCUCCUGUUUCAAUAAGCCAAGGGACGCCUGCAACAAGCGGCCCGGCGCACUGCGUCAGGCCCUCCACUCUGAGGUACUCACCAGCCAGAGUCACCACCGAUCUGCCCUCUGCUGAGCUCUGGGAUGCUACUCCAGAUGGAGCAGGUCUAAGUGGAGACCAUGGCGCUGGUUCAGAAAGCCGUGCUCUGCGUGGCCUUGGUAUGUCGCGGGCAGAGGAUCUCAGAGCUGAGCUGUUGAGAGCAGAACAUCUGAAAGCUGAAGCUUUAUGGGAGGAAAACUCUGACGGUUCAAGAAAAAUGGAUGGAAGGCCUAAGCUUUUCCUGCGACGCUUCUUCUCCUCCAUUGGCCUGAACAGCGUAGGCAGGCUUGUGAAAGGGAGUCGCUCCAGUAGCAUGGAACAGCUCAGUAUCCCCGCUGUUCCCAGGGCAAGCUCGGCCUCACCAAGCCCCACACGCAGGCCUCAGCCCACCAUCCGCAUACAGAGGACGCCCUCUUUACAGACCCUGAACACCGUGCUGCCACUGGCCCAGCUGCGCAAAGCCUCCUCUGUACAGAGUUUAGAGAGGAGAACAGAACGUUCAACAAUUCUUGGAGAAGUGCAGAUACCAUAUGGUCUUGCACCCAGUCCUGACAGCCCCCAUCUUGAGCUUCACAGGGCCCUAAGUGUCGAAGACGUACUCGUUUCUAAAAUGGUGCGUCCAGUGAGCCGAGUCACCCAAGCCUUCCCUGACGGGACUCUUCUUCUGGAGCUUGUAAAGCCCCCAAAUGGUCCAUUUGGUUUUGUCAUUUCAAGGGGUAAAGGUCGACCAGACACAGGCGUCUAUGUUGAGAAAGUUGGCGACGGCAGUGGCGAGGGCCCACAUGUUGGCCUCCUCAGUGUCGGGGAUGAGAUUCUACAGGUGAAUGGGGAAGCGGUAGCUGGACUCACUUUGGACCAGGUGACAAAACUCAUGACCCGGGAGAGCACUGCUUCUCUUCGGAUCUUGCCGUCCCGACGCAAUCAGCGCUGA